GAUUCGCUCCGUUGGGGACCGGCCUUAGCCGGCGAGCACUUUGCAAUAUUACGUCCGUAUUUUUUUACAAAAAUGAUUCGCUAUCGGGACAUGUUUUUCGUGCAGUCUGUUGCUGUAGUUAUAGUACUUUUCAUAUUAUCGAAGUCAGCGGGUGAGGAAGAAUGUUUAUCUGGCAAAACCUACUGGUGCUUUGAAUGUGAUACAUGGUCAGAUCCUCGAUGUCAAGACCCUUUCAACUGGACAUCGUCUCCAAGCGAAUUGCCAACGCUCAAACAGUGCGACGGUUGUUGUGUCAAAAUCGUCACUAACUACUCAAAGCCAAACGAAUCAAUCCGGCGCACGUGUACAAAAAACAUCCGCAUCAAUCUGUUCAUGGUGGACCAUGUUUGCAUGUAUGAGGGCCACAAGACCGGUCACAUGUGCUUCUGCGAAGGUGACCAAUGUAAUGUGGGACCAAGCAUCAGACCACCACCUUACUUCAAGGCUAUUCUGCUGAUUUUCGCAUGCGCAGUGGCAUUACGAGGAUGGAUAACGGGUCACACGCUUCUCUGAUGAACAGAAAAACUGAACGCUAAUUCUAAUUGAUGAACUCUUUAUCCUAACUUGAAUUGGAUUCUCUUGCACCAGUUUUUCUUAAAAAUGGAAUGCAUUCCUGCCAUAGAAAUUGAAAUUUUUAUGAUAUAAGCCAGAUCGCAGCAAGGAAAAUAAUUGCUAUUCUUUACUAAGAGGUGCACGGCGAUAUUAAGCCAUGUCUAUGUAUACACUUUUGGAUAAUUAUUAAUGAAGCAUAAAAUAUAUCUGUUUUAAACUUAAAAAGAGAAUCUUGAAAGCUCGCUCGCUGAGGCUAUAAUUGAUAGAUAUUAGUACUGUUGAUUAGACGAAAAAUAGUUUAAAAAAUUGACCAUGAAAUCGAAAAUUUCUUGGCAAGGUAAAACUUUAAAAAGGAAGAAAAAAAAAAUAAUGAAUGAAUUCAGAUGGAAAGAAAUAUCUAAUAUUUGAUUGUAUAAACAAAUCUCGUUAAUAUUAAUCCAACCUGUUUUGAAAAAAUUAGAAUAAUGGAUGCAUUUGAUAAUCUUAAGUAUAUCAAUCUUUAAUGACGA